AUGUCUUCCGACUCCAAGUAUACUUAUUCGUUCCACCGUGUCUCCAAGACAGACGGUAUCGGCGCUUCAGCCCAAAAAUGCCGAGAUCUACGCCUCAAAGCACUGAAAGCCUCACCUGGCUCAUUCGCAUCAACCUAUGAGGCUGAGUCAAUCCUCACAGAUGCCGAUUGGAUAGAUCGCAUUACCCACCCCGAUUUCGAACUCUUCAUUUGCGCCGCCACACUUAAAAACGAUGAUUCUCAGCAAGAAUCCGAAUGGGUCGGCCAAGUGACUCUGCGCGGACCAAUUUCUAGGGCUGAAUUCGAAUUGCCCAGAGAAUCCGGCCUUCUUCCACCAAAGUCCGAUGAAGAAGAAGAGCGAUGGCAGAUGCUAAGCUUGUUCACACUGUCUGAUCAUCGGGGUCUUGGUCUCGGUGCCAAACUGUGCCAGAGCGCCCUCGACUAUCUGCGGUCAUAUCGAUCAUCGCCUGAUGAGAUCCAAGUGCGGUUGAUGGUUAGGCCAACCAACCAGAUUGCAGUCAAGCUAUAUGAACGCCUUGGGUUCGAGUUGACUGGGAGAGCUACGCUUGCCGAAGCUCUCAUCGCCAGUGGAGAUGAGCAUCUGCUGCCGAAAGAUCGGAGCUUGGCUCAAUGGACAGAUAGAACUGGGUUUCUUAUGGUCUCGCGUAUAUCGCGUCGUGGCGUUAGCGCUUUUGAUGUCGAGGAGAAAUAG